GCGCAUUGAGGCUAUAGUUGGUUGUCACGUUGGAAAGCAUAGUCCAAUCAGCUUUUAUUUUUCACACUACAGAAUUGUGAGUCAGAUUAUCAGAAGAUGGCGACCGCGGAGCCGGAAUCAAUUUCGAAUGCAUCUAAUUCCGAAGAGGAAAAAAGUGAAACAACUGGGCAGGUAGUGGUAAAUCCUGAAGACUACAUCAAACAUCCUCUACAGAAUAGAUGGGCUCUGUGGUUCUUUAAGAAUGACAAAACGAAAACCUGGCAAGCUAAUCUCCGUCUUAUCUCCAAGUUUGACACAGUGGAAGACUUCUGGGCACUGUAUAAUCACAUCCAACUGUCAAGUAACUUAAUCUCCGGCUGUGACUACUCACUUUUUAAGGACGGUAUUGAGCCCAUGUGGGAGGACGAGAGGAACAAGCGUGGUGGCAGGUGGCUCAUCACUCUGUCCAAACAGCAGCGUAGGGCCGACCUGGACCGCUUCUGGCUGGAGACGCUCUUGUGCCUUGUUGGAGAAGCCUUUGAUGACCACAGUGACGAUGUUUGCGGGGCAGUAGUCAACAUUAGAACGAAAGGAGACAAACUGGCAAUAUGGACAACAGACUAUGACAACAAGGAGGCCAUCACACACAUAGGGCGUGGCUGGAAGGAGAGACUAGGUGUGGCACCAAAGUUGCUGAUUGGAUACCAGUCGCACGCGGACACUGCCACUAAGAGUGGUUCUACCACCAAGAACAAGUUUGUCGUCUGAGGAACUUCCGUGAGCACGAUAGGAGUUCCUUGUUUUGUCUUUGUUUGGCAGUUUUUCCCGCCCUCGCCAGUUACUGUUCCGCUUCCAUGGCGUUGAUUGAAAUGCUUUUGCCAAGUUGAAUCUGUAACCCAAUUUAAACCAAAGCUUCAACACGGACAAUUGGACCGCCUUCAUUCAGUCAAUUGCGAUAUGAUAUCAAGGCAAAAUGGUCGCAUUCAUGUCUAACCAAAUCCAACCUAUACCUUCCUUUUGAUGUAGGGUGGAAUAACCGUGAGAAUUGAAAUAAUGGAAACAAAGUUUACAGUUUCUGAAGCAUGUGCUAUUGUUUUUGUUUAUUUUUCACCAUAAUUCGUUUUUUUUGUCAUGGAGGACAUUUUGUAUGUUAAAUUGCAGCAUUGUCCUAGCUGUGCAAUCGUUUUGCCUAAUUUAUUUUGUUUUACCAGGUCUAAAGUAGUUUUGUAGUUUCCUUCAUUAUUUUCUAAUUGGUUUAGCCUAAAUUGGUCUAAGUUGACCAGUAAGAUCAUUCACCUUCCGUGCAAUCUAUAUUGUUCAUUAAACUUUUCCUAUUGCAGUUUUAUGUAGUAUGCGGAUGUUUGUUUCUGUCACUAUUGUAUUUAUGUAAAUCUUUUUGUUUUUCCUUUCCUUUGCUGAGCACACUAAGAUGCUAUGAUAGUGUAUGUAAAUCUGUACUUGUACUCUCUCAACGCCUAUUAGGUGUUACUAAUUGCCUUGCUUUGGCACACUGUCCUGCUCUUAUGAACAUGGUACAAAAUAUUACUGUAAAUAAAUAUGUACAGUAUGUUGUCUUAGCUCUGCAAGUGGAGCGAUUCCUCUCAUUUAAAAUGAUAUUGAUUCCUUUAGUCUUAAACCAGACGUUCAAAGAAGCCUACAUCUUGGUGUCAAGCCCCACUAGACUACUUCACAAUGCAAUGGACAUAAUACUACCAAGGGUGACUUAGCAUUAUUUUUAAUGUAUGACAUUCAACUGAACACCCACGUGGAACCUCUUCAUUCUCACUGAAUAUAUCACCGUAUUCAUUCUCAACAAUAAACACAAUUGUGUUUUUGUUUUUUUA